UGGGGCAGAAGAACCGUGGAUGGGACGAGAGACGCAGCUCGGGGUUGCGGCAGCUGCGUGCCAGGAUACACUCCGCAAAGACCUGGUCAAGGAAACAUGUGAUUGAGUGUGCUUUUCACUUAGAGGCUGUGAUGUAGAUCACCGGACUAUCCUCGUAUGCCUUCGCGGACUUAGCGGCUGUGUCUGUUCGAAUCGACCUGGCACGUUGAUCUUGUGGAAGUUGCAAGGAAAGGAUGGCAGAAAUAGAUUUGGAGUUUAUGAUCCUCUGGGAGCAUUUCCGCAAUGCCCAUGUCUUCAGCAGGCAGGGCAGCCAGUGGCUGGACGCGCUGCUCUGCUACCUACUAUACCGCGAACAGCAGGGCGACCGACUGGCCUCCGUCAUCCCGGGCAGGUGCGUCUCCCGGCUGAUCACCGGGCUGGUGUACCAGUUCCAGCGGGAUGUGCACGAGUCGUGCAGCGUGCAGCCGGCCGAACGAGCCGACUCAGAGCUGGCCGCCGUGCUGCAGUACAUCACUGACGGCCGCGGCUGGAUGAUACUGCAUGUGAUCAGCGCCCUGCCCGCUUCGGCGUCGCCGCUUUCGCCCGAGACGGUGGAGCUGGUCUGCUCGCUGCUGGGCCCCCUGGCCAGCCAGGCGUGCCUGGACGCCGCCGCACAGCCGCCCUCGGAGCCGGAACCGGAGCCGGAGCCGGAGCCGGAGCCGGAGCUGGAGCUGGAGCUGUACCCGCUGGCUGCAGACUGGGAGACAGCCGCCGUGCACGGAACGCCCGCCUGCUCCCACUCGCACCAGCUGCUGGAGGGCAGGCGGCCGACGCCCGAGCCGCGGCUGCCAGCCUCGCCGGCCGCCAGCAGCGACGAUGAGUCGGAGAGCGCGCGCGACCGACGCCAGCGCGACGAGCAGGCGGUGCGCGAGCGCUACCUGCGGCCGCCACUGACCGUGGCGCGCAGGCCCGAGGCCGAGUGCUGGGACUACCUGUCGACGGCGUGUGGCGCGCCGCUCUGCGGCCCCACGCUGCUCGUGCUGGUCCGCUGCCAGGGGGUGGUGGCGUACCAGAGUGCGCGCACCCGUGCGCCGGCCGCCUGGGCCGCCGCGCUGGCCGGCUGGCACGAGGCCGAACUGACCGAGAUGCUGGAACGCUACGUGCUGGCGGCGGACGCCGACUAG